AUGGAAUCUGGGUUUGAACUUUGUUUGCCGGAGUCAGAGGUCUAUGUUGCGCGGGUGAAUAAUUUGUGUGUGGCGAAUACAGUCCUAUGUAAUUUUGGGGCACAUUUCAGUGAGUCGCUUAUGAAAAGAUUUAGAGAGAACUGUUUUGGGCACCUGUUGGGCCUCCAUAAAAUUGCAUUUAGUGGUCAAAUUGUGCAUGCUUUGGCACUCCGUCGAGUCGGAGGACUUGGUGUUAUGGACAUGCUGGGCCUUAGUUAUGCAAUAGGGUCCAAUGUUGCUCAAUUCAGUGUAAAGGAUUUUUGUUUGAUAAGUGGUUUGAAAUGUGGAACAGAGCCUGACAUAACGUCCGUGGGGGAUGCUCAUAAUCGAUUUAUGAAAGCGCAUUUUACUAACAGGGGUCACAUUACUUGCAAUGACUUAGAAAAUGCAUUCCUAAAGUCUGAAAGAAGAAGCGAGGACUUGUUCAAAUUGGGACUGCUGUAUUUUGUGGAGUUUGUGAUAAUGGGUAAACCCCAAAAUGUGAAGAUAAACGAGGAGUACUUACAUUUGGUUCAUAAAAUGGACGAAUUCAACAAUUAUCCGUGGGGAUCUAUAUCUUUUGAGUUUCUGCAAGAUUCUCUGUUGUUUGCUGCCAGGAAGAAAGAGAGUGAUGAAGAGAAUGAUGGGAAGGGCAAAAAGGCGGUGCGGAGUUCAGUGAGAAAAGGGAAGAAAAACGUGGAAGAUGAGAAGCCUAAAAGAAUUAAUAGACCUGGAUGGAGUAUAAAGGGAUUGAGCUAUGCUGUCCACCCUGUUAUACUGUGCCUCUUACGACCAAGUCAAUUGGAGAUGAGCCAACCGUAUUGGAGUUGGGGAUCAGAUGUUUUUGAAUGUGAUGCACCCAGUGUAGGUCCACGGCAGUUGAGGAAUGAGGUUGCAGUAUUGCACCAUGAGGAUGCUGGAGAGGAGAGUGAUAAAACUGAGGAUGGUGGAGUAGCCGAAUCGAGAGAGCAGUGUGUACAAAAUGGUAAAGAAGAUGUGCAAUAUACACCCCCGGAUAUAAAUUGGGAUGAUCCGGGUGUGGUGUGUGUCACCCUUGUUAAAUUUCUUACGAAUCCUCCUCGAAAGAUUGACAUGUCCACUGCUGAGGGUGAAUGUGGCGAAGAUGUUAUAGUUGGGGUCCGACAAAAGAGGGGUCGGGGAAAGAGUGAGAUUCUUGGCCCUGUGAUGAAGAGGCGAAGGGCAGUGGUGAGGGAAACUCCAUGGAUAUAUCGGGAGAUUCCCAAUAUUUCGGAGGAAACUCCUUGUGAUUCCCUUUUGGAGAACAUAGACACGGCCUUGCUUUUGCUACGGGAGCAGCACGAGAGGUCUGGCAACUGGGUAGGUUCUGACUGGACGAUACUGGACACCACUUUUCAGAAAUGUGCUGCCUUGGAUUACAAGCAAAUGAAGGCGUAUGUGGGAAAGGAGGACAGGCAGCACAGCAAGGGUCUACUGGGAAUGGUCAAGGGCGAAGGGCCUAAGUUGGCUAAAUCAUGGUCGUCUGUGAAUCGCGUUUGUUUGCCCUUCAACCUACAAAGGCAGAAGCACUGGAUCUUACUUGUUGUUGAUUUAAAAGAGUGUGAGAUAAGGGCAUAUGAUUCAAAAGUAGAUCUAUGCAGAACUCAAGCCAUCCAACGGGCCGUGCAGCCGGUGGCAAAAAUGCUGCCCUGGUUGUUAAAGGAAUCUGGAUAUAUUGGCGACGGUCUACUUCUGAAAACUGAGUGGCCAGUUAUUCGCGUCAUGGAUGCACCCCAACAAGUAGGCGACUUCUUCGCUAUGUUUCAGGGGCGACUGUGGGAUGUACAUCCUUAA